GUUAUUUGGCAACCUUUAUAAUGUGUUAUUUGGUUGUCACUCCUGAAAUGAACAGUCGUGUCAAAAUUCACUAAAAAAUGGAAAAUAAUAUAUUUUCUUAACAAAUAAACAAGAAUUAGUUAUUAUUUUUAAGUUCACACAACAUAUUUAUAAAAAUAAAUAAUGCCUAGGAUAACAUUUUUGUUAUUAAUCCUAUCAUGGAUUAAAUUAAGCCGUCAAUUCUACGUGCCAGGCAUGGCCCCUACAGACUUCAAAUUCAAAUCACCCAUCGAAGUUAAGGCUGUGAAAAUGACAAGUAUACAUACCCAGCUACCAUACGAGUAUUAUUCCUUACCCUUUUGCUUGCCAAAAGGGGGUUCUACAGCAAUACAGUAUAAAAGCGAGAAUUUGGGAGAAGUUUUAAGAGGAGACAGAAUUGUAAACACUCCCUAUGAGGUUCAUAUGGGGGUUAAUACGGCUUGUACUUUGCUCUGCAACUCGCCUGAUGAUCCCAUUAAUUGGGGGGUUUCUGAGUCGCAGAAGGUGGCUGACAGGAUUCAGCAUGAGUAUUAUGUCCACUUGUUGAUUGAUAAUUUACCUGCUGCAACCACUAUAGAAAACCCUGAAAGGAGUGAAGUGCAAUAUAACCAUGGUUACUCUUUGGGAAUGUCCGUGGGGGAUAAAAAUUAUAUUAACAACCACUUAAAGUUAACCUUACUUUAUCACAAUCCUUCACCUGAAAUUUAUCGCGUGGUAGGUUUUCGCGUGGAAGCAAAAUCUGUGAGCAUAGACGACAUAAAAUUCAAUGGUAAAACUUGUACAGUACCAAGAAAACCCAAGCCGCAAGUUGUGGGACCAAGUGGUACUAAGUUACUUUUCACAUAUGAAGUUGUCUGGAAUAAAUCUGACAUAAGUUGGGCAUCGAGAUGGGACACAUAUUUGGCUAUGAGUGAUGUACAAAUUCACUGGUAUUCCAUUAUUAACUCUAUCGUUGUUAUAUUUUUCUUAUCAGGCAUUUUGACUAUGAUUAUGGUAAGAACUCUUAGAAGAGAUAUCGCUAAAUAUAAUGCGGACGAAAAUUUCGACGAUACAAUCGAAGAAACUGGUUGGAAAUUGGUGCAUGGGGAUGUUUUUAGACCCCCCAGACAUUCCAUGUUGUUUGCAGCACUGGUGGGAUCCGGCAUACAGAUAUUUCUUAUGGCAUUAAUAACUUUAUUUUUCGCCAUGCUGGGCAUGCUGUCGCCCGCCUCCCGAGGCGCCCUCACCACCGCCGCCAUCACCUUCUACAUGGUGCACGGCAUCGUAGCCGGCUACAACUCGGCCCGCCUCUACAAAACGAUGAAGGGCCGCGAGUGGAAGCGCGCCGCCCUCUGGACCGCCGUGCUCUACCCCGCCGUCAUCGCGUGCACCUGCUUCUUCUUGAACUUCUUCAUCUGGGGCAAGCAUAGCAGCGGCGCCGUCCCCUUCUCCACCAUGAUCUCCUUGCUGCUGAUGUGGGUGUUCAUCUCGCUGCCGCUGGUCUACCUGGGGUACUAUUUCGGGUACAGGAAGCAGCCCUAUCAGCAUCCGGUCAGGACCAAUCAGAUACCGAGACAGGUGCCGGAGCAACAUUGGUAUAUGAACCCGUUUUUGUGUGCAUUAAUGGCUGGUAUUUUGCCCUUUGGAGCUGUGUUUAUCGAACUUUUCUUCAUUUUCACAGCCAUCUGGGAAAACCAAUUCUACUACCUUUUCGGAUUUUUAUUUCUUGUAUUCAUAAUCCUGGUAAUAUCGUGUUCUCAGAUCUCAAUCGUUAUGGUGUAUUUUCAACUUUGUGGAGAGGAUUACCAUUGGUGGUGGAGGAGUUUCGUCGUCUCCGGCGGAUCCGCGCUCUACAUUCUGGCGUACUCUUUCUACUAUUUCAUCACCAAACUGGAGAUAACCGAAUUCAUACCGACUUUGCUGUACAUGGGCUACACCGGUUUGAUGGUGUUCACGUUUUGGCUCCUCACCGGAACCAUCGGGUUUUUCGCCGCGUACGCGUUUGUGCGUAAGAUAUACGCAGCCGUUAAAAUCGAUUGAAAUCCUAGUCGAAAAAUAUCAACGAAUUUUGUUUUGUAAUGUAAGAUGUCUAAACCAUACUUUUAGGUGGUUGCGACGUACAAAAACUGCAGGUCUCAAAACUCAUGGGUUCUUGUACUUUUUUAAUUGGUGACACAUUUGGUUGCUUAUUAAAGACACUAUUUUAAUAAGUUACUGCCCUAUUUUUAAUUGUGGGUAUUUAUUUAAUCUUUCUGUGAAUAAUUAAUAUUAAUGAUAUAGGAUUAGGUUUAAUUUAUUUUAUUACUCAGAUUUAUAAUAGUUUUCUUUAAAGAGGCGUUUUGCAAUUAUCACCAUUCUCUUUGUUUAGCUUUAGUAAAUUCGAUCUUUUUACAUUUAAUUUUUAUAUUUGUUACGUAAGUAAAUGUAUAUAAUAUAGCUAAAUAUAAAUAAUAAAUUUUGUGAAAUGAU